UGGCGCGCUGCGUUUUGUGUGUAUUGUGUUCCGAUUUAGAUAAUUCUAAUAUAAGUUCAAAGAUAAUGGUGUUAAUACAAACGUAAAAUAAAAUCUUGUAGAAAUUUAGAAUCAUCAAAAUGAAAUGCCAUGUACCAGGACCUAACGUGAAAGUUCUAGGAAGGACCGUGCACGCUUUAGCUAGAUUUGGAGAUGAGUUAUACCUAGAAUCAUUGCAAGAUUGCAUACUACUAAGGACACUAAAUGCAGCUGAAUCUGCCUAUGCCAUGGUUAAAUUCAACAAAAACUUUUUCUCUCACUUCAACUAUAAUUACUACUCUACCGAAGAUAACGAAGGUUUAAAAUGUAAGAUAUCAAUGAAGUCUGCCUUGAAUGCUUUCAAGUCUCCCACUCAUAUGGACAAACAGGUGGAAAAUCUGGAGAUCAAACUGGAUCCAGAAUCAUGCAAAUUGAUCUUCCAAUUAAAAUGCAAAUACGGGAUCGUAAAAACCCAUUUUGUGUCAAUACUAGACUGCAAAGCUAUGCAGGCAGUGUAUACUAAGGAUUUAGUUCCUAAUAGAAUUACAUCUUCCCAGAAAAUACUGACUGAGGCUUUAGGCAAUUUUCAGAGUUCUGAUGAUCAGGUGACAUUGGAAGCAACAUCACAAUCACUUAUUCUGCGCAACUACAUAGAUAGCAACAUGGACCUGACUAAAAUAAUACGAACACAAAUUACAUUGAAACCAGUAGAAUUUGACAGCUAUACUAUAGGAACAGAAACAACAAUUACCUUUACACUGAAAGAAUUUAGAGCUCUGUUGGCAUUUGCUGAAGCAUUAAAUUUGCCAUUGCAGCUCCAUUUUGAAACUACUGGUCGACCUGCAGUUUUCAUUGUCCACAAUGGAGUAACAUUUGAAGCACAUUUUGUACUGGCUACAUCCAAACCUGAUAGUGCUACACAAGCCACCUCCACGCAGAAUACAACACAUUCUGAAAGAUCUAAACGAAAAGAAACUACAAUUACUGGUCCAGCAAAGAAAAAGUUACAUGUUGAUGCAGAGAUAUCAAAGUGUUUAGAUGAAGAUUCACAUUUAUUUAACUUUAUAGAUAUUCCUGAAGAUGUUCCCGAAAAAGUGAAUGAUGGUGUUAAUAAUGUAAAUGAAAGUGUUCAAGUAGAUAACCAAAAUGCAGAUAUUCUGGACUGUGAUAAUAUACCGGCAUCACCCACCUCAAAGACGAUGAUAAAAUCAGUGUUCAAACGGUGUUUUGAAAGCACUUUUGACCCCAGGAGCAUACAGGGUGUAGUCUUAGCUGAGGAUUCAGACAGUGAGUGAUUUGAUUUUAUUUGUUAUGAACUGUUAAAUAAAGUGGAAUUUACUACAAGUUGCUAAUGUAAUUGAAAACUCGCUGGGAAACAUGAUUCAGCUCCAUAUAGUUUCAAUUAUUAGUAUUCUGAUCCGUGCCAAUACUAAUCUACUGUGUAGAAAAACUAGUAUGGAUUAUUUUGUAUAUUGUAUGUUUAAUUAUUGAAAAGAAUACAUUGAUCUAUUAACUUAAUUCACAUCUAUAAUUAAUUAUGGUUUAAAAUAUCACAUAAGGAAUUUAGAGGAAUGCAAAUGAAAUAGCAUUAUCAUUGCAUUAUGAUUUUAUAGUAAAAAAUAUACAUACACAGGUAAAAAUAUUGUACACACGUCACAAAUGGAUACUUGAAACCUAUAGGCAAAUAUCAAGGCGAUUCAACACCCUAUAUACAUAUAAAACAAAUGUUUCAUAAGUAUUAUGUUCAAAGUAGUCUGCUAUAUAAUUUAAGAUUAGGUAUUAAACAUUUUUUUUAUAAUAAUUUAUUUCUAGACGCUAUGUAAUUGAUCAAUCAAACUUCAAGACUGAUCCAUUAUUUAAUUACGUAUCAAUAUUAA